AUAACAUUUAAUGUGGCGGCAUUUUGUGGAAACACUGGCCGCAAUUUUGUUUUGAUGCACGAAGGACUUGUGAAAUUCGCCUAAAUUCUUAUUUAAAUGUGUCAGCAGCAUGCCAAACAGCUCGAGAAAGUCGGAUGCAGCUGAUAUGAAGACGCCCACCCGAACGGCGAACAGCAGCAGCAGCAGUGUAAGCUCGACGCCAACAAGCCUCAACCGGCGACAGCCGCGCAAACGACGCCGCAUUGAAAAAGAUAAUCAACAUCAGCGCAGACAGAGCCUCGACUCGCAGCUGGGGGACUGCAACAUUGAGGAUGCCAAAGAGAUUGAUCGACGGCUGCGCAAGGUGGCACGUGCCAAUGCCAUUAGCAGCGAGGACAUGCACAAAGUAGUGCGUCGUGUCGUUCGCAACGAGCAUGUCCUGGCCCUAGUCACACUCAAGGCCGAGGAUGAGCUGGCGCGCGAGAAGCGCGAGGCGGCCGCUGCUGACGAGGAGCAGCAACGCGGCGCCAUCAUCAUCACAGAGACACCCUCUGUGCCAAAACUGACGCGCGCCAAGGCACGCGAAUUAAAUCGCACGCCCGGCAUAACUCUGCCGCCGCUAAAUGAAACGCCAGUGAAUAACGAGAUUGAGGCGUUAAUACGCGAGGAUCUGCACUCGGAUGAGGAGGACGAAGAGUACACUUUCAAGGAGGAUGAUUUCCAUUCGGAUGAUGAUCCGAACACGACGGCCUCCGAUUUCGAUUCGAAUCCCUGCACUCCGCAAACCCCAAUGACCGCCAACGAGGAGUCGCCGGUCAAGUUUACCGCCGAUGGCUGUUUUAAACUGCCCCCAGACAAAAACUCGGAAGAUCCGCGCAUCGCAACGCGCACACGCUCCAAGUUUUGUCUGCAGCAAACAACAAUCGAGGAUUUGCAGUCGGAGUUUGUGCCACCGGACUUGGACCAGAGCGAUGUGCCCGAAUAUGACAUGACCGCCAAUGAUGCGGACUGGAUGCAAUUCCUCACUGACUUCUCCAAGCCGUUAAACAACAGCUUUCUUGGCGAUGACGACGAUCCCAUCAAUGAUCCGGAGUAUGUGGCCGCUGAAAUGGUAACCGUGGACGCCGAGGAACUGCGCGAUGUGAAUAUAUCGAAGAAAGAGCUCACUGAUUUGGUCUCGGAACUAUUCGCGGGUCUGUUGCAGGAGGGCGUCUCGCUGGACUCAAUUGAAUUGGAGACGCCGCAAAAGUUUCUCGCCGAACAGUAUGUUACGGCGACUGCGCCAGUCGCAGCGCCUGUAGAACCCAUUGAGCAGGUGACGCGCCAAAUAGACUUUGAUGCGCCCGGAACAACUGCGCCAGUUGACAUGACCAUGCCAAAUAUGACGGGAUUGGAGUCCUUUCAGCCACAGCUUAUGUCCACGCCCAGCACAUUGUCCGGCCUGGUGCCGGUGCCCAUUGCGGAAAGCACGCUCAAUAGCAGCCAUUUUGAUGCAUCCUACACAGUAGUUAACAUCUCGCCGGGAGCAAUCGGACAGCAUCCGCCGGAGCUCAUAGCUGUGCCGCUGCCAGGUCAGCCCAAUUGCUUUCAGCUGGCCAAGGUGCUGGCCAGUAUGCCGGCACAGCCGCUGGCGGAGAGCGAGUAUCGUCCGGAGUCCUAUGAGCCCUAUGACAUCAACUUCUCCUGCAAAUAUCUGUCCAUCCGGAAGCACAUAUACUCCGAGUAUGAGGCACAAUUUGAGAGUUUGCGCCACUUGAAGCCGACGCCAACGCCAAAUCCUGAGCCCGCUGCAAGCCAUAUCAAGGGCUUUACGCAGACGCAGCAUGAUCUCCUACAGCAGCAGCUGCGCAUACACACCCAAAUGCUGACACAGACAUUCCUGCAGACCUACUCGCAUCCUCUGCUCUAUGCCAUGGCCGAGAAGCCCCGGCAAAUGCUGGAGGAGCUGCAGCAACAUGCCACUAAGGAUGCCAGCUUCAAUUGCUGGAAUCUGAAUGGCGCCGUGGAGCUCAUUGACAAAUGGCAGCACGAUCUCAACAGCGAUGAGUACGAGGAGCAAAACAAAGAGAUGAUGCGUUUUAUUAACAAGGAGACGGAACUAACCGACGGGCACACACGACAGGUGCCACGGCUGCCGCCCCGCAUUAUGGAUCUCAUGCUGGACAGCAAGGUGUUUAUGUAUCCGCAGUAUCUGCCGCGGAUGGCGUUUCAACCCCGAACUUUGCAGUUCACCGCAUACGCGCCUUCGGAGUAUCAGCUGAUUGCCAUGGGCCUGGAGAAGCAUCUAAAUGCCAUUAAGACCUCCAAGCGGAAGUUGCACAAGAGCGCAGAUCCCAUUCGGGUUGCCUGCAACCGCAUGGCCAAGGAUCUGCUGCACGGCAAGCAGGGCAGGCGGCUGUUCCUCAAGGUGAAGGAGCUCUGCGACAUGGAGCAGUACAAUCCUGUCAAGUAUUAUUUCGAGCAUGGGCGCGCUCCGCCCGUAAACCAAAUCCUGCUGGGCUUCGAGGGCGGCCUAGUGCAAACGCCGCGCGAACAAUACCAUGCGCUGCCCAGCGCCUGGAAGUAUUAUUUAGAGAAAAACUGGAAUAACGAUAAGCGUACCCGUCGCAGCAACAAAUCAUUUCCAGCUCGUGCCUCGUCGGCAGCAAGUGUAUCAUAUUUGGAAUUUGUACGCGAAGCGGUGGGCGAAGAUCUAUUGCUGCCCGAGAGUCUGGGCGAGGCUGCGGCGCCACAUGGCAGUGCCACGGGCUUAACGCAUUUAUCUCCAGAAACGCACACACAAACCAAAGAAGAAGGCAACUCCAAGUCCCAUACUCAAUCUGAAUCUCAGCGCAAGCCUCGUCGCAUAAUCGACGAACGAAAACAAUCCUCAUCAUUGACCAUCAAUGUGAACUACGUCUUUGGCGGUGAGCUAGGCGUAGUCAAUACGUACGGAGCUGGUGUCUCUGUGCCCUUUCAGGCGAAUGAUUUUGCCAGCAAUGUGGCGAACAUAAAUCGCACGCUUUAUCCAACCAGCGAGUGUAGUUCCUUGGCGCUGCCACCGCCGCUGCCGUCAUUGCCGGACGAUGCGCCACCGGCAGUGAAUCUCUGCUUUGAUGCACUCACGCAAACCGUGCAAAUCAAAGAGUCGGACCAGUCUGCGGAACAGACCGGAGAGCAAAAAGUAGACGUCGCCAGCAGCUCGAAGCGAGCGCGUUAUCAAAUUUACAAGCGGCUGCUUUUUGCACGCACACAGCGACGCCGCAACUUAACAGCGAAGUCAACGUCGGCAUCGCCGUCGCGGUCGCGCUGUCGCUACCACGUGUUGCGACAGCGAUUGCGCCAUAAGCUACAGCUACGCUGUCAAGCGCUAAUCACCUCAUAUGCCAGCUACCUGCAGCAGCAGCGCGAACUGUACGCCCACGCUCCGUCCGUGCAGCACUAUCACAGACGCUUCCUGGCGCUCGAACUGUACACGCAGCUGCUUGUCGAACUGAAUAUGUUUUGCCAGAGCAAGGAACAUCCGGUGCCGGUGCCGGAGACGAGCUCGAGCAUGAGCUCGCCGCAGCAGCAGAAGCGACAACGCUGCGAGGAGGCGGCACGCAUACGCAGAGCCAAUCGGCAGGAGGAGAUGCUGCGACACAUGCUCAAGCCGGAUAGUCCGGAGGAGCGCAAUCGCAAGGAUGCCACCUUUGCUUACAACUUCUACGAUAAAGUGGAGGAGGCGUUGCUGUCUUCCAAUCGCAUGGAGGACUGCCACAAGUUCAAUCAUCUGCUGCAAACCUUUGACCCCAAGCAGGAUAAGGUAGUUGAUUUGUAUUUGAAAAUGGAAAAAUUACUGCUGCCCGAUCAUCCCGAGCUGGCCGAGGUGUUUCUCAACUUUCUGCUACCUGCGGAGGCCGCUGAGCUGGGCAAAUACUUUGAAUACUUCAUGAUAACCAAUGCCAGCAACUUUAUCAACAAGCUUAACAUCUACUUUUGCAAGCAGCCAGCGCAAAUCCGCAAGAUCUACGCAUGCCUCAAUGAACUGGCCCAGCUGCCCAGCGUGAGCAUAAAGAAGGUCCAAUCCAAAAUUCUGCCCCUGCUCAAAGGCAAUCAGUUCCUACGCGAUUGGUUUGUGCAACAAUUUCCACAGGCCAAGCCGCCCAAGCGCUUUCUGCCCCCCGUGGAGACCAUGAAUAUGCAUGAGGUGCUGGGCAAUACCAGCGGUACAUUUUCGGAAACCCUGCAGGAUCUGCCGGAUGAUUCGCCGCCGCAGGCCAAACCGCCUGGCUGUCAACUGAAAUAUGUGAAUGGACGCAUAUUUUAUGGAGCCAAGGUGAUGCUGCCAGCCAAGCUAUCCUUUCGAGCGGCCAGUCUUUACAACGAGCAAUGUCACGAGCCGCUCAGCAGCGACGUAACCUGUGCGCAUGGCGUACGCGCACACGGUGAGAAGCUAAUUAACUCUGCAGGCGCAGUGGACAGUGAUGAUGCGGCAGAUCGCAGCGAGGAGGAUGAUUCCAACCGAACGCUAGUGAUUGACACAACCACCGGCGACGAGGAGAACAGCAGCUCCUCCCUGGACAUUUGCGAUGACAUGACACUGCGCGCACACGCCAUGCGGCUGAAUGCUAGCAUCAACAGCACCACAUUCAACUGGGGCCAUCAUCAUGGGCUUCAUCAGUCGCACGGCAAGAAGGCUGCCAGUAAUUUCGGCGAAACCUCGCCGCGUCGUCAAACUGCGAACAAUGUGUCGCCUCAGUCGGGACUGAAUGCGCAUGCGAGCGGCGUCUCGCCCCAGCAGGAUAAGCGUAAGUCGCCCAGCAAGAAGGUGCGUUCGCCGCUGGGCCAGACGCAGGCGCGUCCACGCUACAAUGUCCAGCCCAUGGUGGUCAUUCAUGAGCCACAAGUGCGUGGGCCUGCGCCCGCCUCGCCGGCCAUUGAGUUUGCGAAGCGACUGCGCACGCUGAUCAGCCAGGAUGGAAGCGAGCCGGACAACAAGACGGGCAUACAAAUCAUAGCGCAGGCAAAGCGGAAGAGCAAUUCACCGUCCGUUUCUAAACUAGAGCUUACCUCGCAGGAAGACCCAGAGUAUCUGCCUGAGAAUGCAGCAGAGACGACCCUAUCGCUUCCCCAGCAGCCCUUCCAAGCUAUUAAAAUGGAUAUUGAGCCGGAGGUGACCCAACUGAGCAGCGGCAGCACACCGCAGCAUGUAAUUACCACGCAGUUUGACAGCGAUGAGGACUGCAAACUGGACGUGGUGGCCUCGCUGGCCAACUCUGUUCAGGAGGAAGAAGUGCAGCCGAAACACGAAGUAGCCUGCACCUCCAAGGCGGAGCCCGUACAACCCAGCUCAACGGGCGGUUGGACGCGCGAGGAGGACAAGGUGAUACUCAUUGAGAUGAAGCGUGGCGCACGCGAUCGUCAGCAUCUAAUCAGGCGGAUAGGCGCCAAGCUCAAGCAUCGCAACGAGGCCGAACUGCGAGCGCGGCAUCAAUUUCUCAUGGAUUUUCUAUCCAAGCUACAGGGCAAAUAGAAUAUAUUGAAUGUAUAUAGAGAGUUUGAGUCCAUAAGUCGACUGCAAAUUGGUUUAACAUGCAUGUUAAGGCAUAAACCUUAGGGACUGUCGUUUAUUCAUUUUAAGGCACAAUUUGUAUUGCGAAUUAGUUUAACAUUCGAGUUAGGGCUGUCUGUUAUGAUAAACCGCAUUGAUAAUUAAUUUGUCAUGCAUGUUAGCUCUGUUUUCGAGGACAAGCUUAAUGCGGAUUAGUUAAAAAUUGAUUUAAGAGCUGUUUUUUUUUUUUUCAACCCCGUUGCAGGUCAGUUUAACAUGAAUGUCAAGGCAUAAACCUCAUUGCAAAUUAUUUAUUAUUUUGAUUAGAAAACUCAUCGGAUAUUAGUUUAACAUUCAUGCCUAAAUAGUCUUAGCUGAGAAAGCUCUUUGUAAAUUGUUUUUUAUCAGUUUAAUCAUAUGUUUAAGUUAAGCAGAUCAGUCGAGAAGAAAUCUAGAUUGGGCUUACCUGAAUAAAUAACAAAACUAAAUGUA